AUGAACAAGUCAAAGAUGAUUGGUGUUGAGGUGCAGUACAAUGAGGCGUCAAAACAACAGCUUCCACUCCAACAGGAUCAAUUCAGGAGCUUAAAUAUAACGCGAGAUGAAGUGAGCGAAUACGUUAAAACAGCAAAGUCGAUACUGGAUGAAGCUUUAUCAAAAGCACGCGAGGACCAGUUAAUGGGCAACACGAACUAUCGAACGUGGAAGCAGCUUGGGUCACACGCCGGGUUUAAGCGAUUUCUUAAUAAUGACAAAGACUUACACUACCGUUUACAUGGAAUAGUGGGGGCCUCACUAAACGAUCUCAUGGGGAUCAUGUACGCAGAUUCGACGGCGCAAGUGAUCGAGCGUCGCCAGAUUCUUUACAAAGACAGUCUGGACGCAAAAACGCUGUGUGUACUGAAGGAGCGUAGCGCAGAGAAUAUGCAUGAACAUAUUUCAAUCAGGUGGGAGGCAAUCAACUUGAGCAACAACAGUCCCAAUUAUCGUCGGGAUAUGUGCUUUCUUGAAUACACAGGCGUCGUCACCGACAUCGAUGGCGUCUCUGUAGGGUUUUUCAUCAAGCAGGCUAUUGAUCGCAGCGAGUGUGGGUCGCUUGAGGAAUCCCACGGACUGUCACGUCUUCAACUUACAGAAAUCUUGCUGUUUCGGCCAACUCUGGAGGCUGGUCACACCGAAAUCGUCAUGGACGGUGUCCAAUCUACCAAUAAUAGUACAAGAAAAACUCCUGGCUCGAUUGCCCAUGAUCAGCAGCUGGCAGUAUGUGCCACUCUCGUGUCGCAAGAAUUGCCACGUAUGCACAAGCAAAUUUCGACUGCUUUCGAAAAAGUUUAA